UGCAGGGAGAAAUAAUGAAGCUGUUCCCAGUGCAGGGACACAGACGUUGGGUUAAGGAUUGUCCUGAAAAGCAGGAACCUGAGGCCGACUGACUGAGGGUGGAGGGCGGACCUGGGUGCAGACUGCAGUCCUGAUGAGCGAUAAAAGGAGACGGUUUCAGCAGCCGGACAUCAGCAGUGACUCAGUCACAGACAUGGCAGCUCUGAGGAUAUCAGACAAACCGCCUCUGCUUGUCCAAGAGAAACCAGAGGAACGAUACAAAGCACAGAAAAAAGAGGAGGCGGACCUCAGGAUUGUUCUUCUUGGGAAAACUGGAGCUGGAAAGAGCGCAGCAGGAAAUACCAUCUUAGGGAAAGAAGUAUUUUACUCUUGUGUGCUUCCUUCCUCAGUAACAUCAGAGUGCAGUGUGAAAACGGGUCAGUUUGAAGGAAAAAUCCUCGCUGUAGUUGAUACUCCGGGUCUGUUUGACACCAAGAAAAAUGAAGAGGCGAAGACAGAUAUCACCAGGUGCAUCUCCUUCGCUGAUCCUGGUCCUCAUGUGUUCCUGAUUGUGAUCAAGGUGGACAGAUUCACAAAUGAAGAACAAGAAACAGUGAAGGCCAUUCAGGAGAUGUUUGGGAAAAAGUCAGCUCAGUACACCAUGGCCUUGUUCACCCGUGGAGACGAUCUGGAGAAACAUGGAGUCCAGAUAGAAAAAUUCAUUCAUGAGAAUCCAGCUCUCUGUGACGUAAUCAGUCACUGCGAUGGAGGAUAUCAUGUUUUUAACAACCGAGAUGAGAACCCCGCUCAGGUCAGAGAGCUCCUGAAGAAGAUCAACACAAUGGUUCAGAAAAACAGAGGGAGCUACUACACCUACGAGAUGUUGCAGGAGGCUGAGGAAGCCAUGAGGAAAGCUGAAGAAGACCUCAGGAUUGUAAUUGUUGGAAAAACUGGAGCUGGGAAGAGUUCAUCAGGAAACACCAUCUUAGGGAGGAAAAAUUUCAAAUUAACACAAACGUCAGAGUGUCAGAAGGAAACGGCUCAGUUUGACGGUCAGACGCUGGCUGUAGUCGACACUCCGGGGCUGUUUCACACCAGGCUCACCGAAGGGAAGGUGAAGACAGAGAUCGCUAGAUGCAUUUCCUUUGCUGCUCCUGGUCCUCACGUGCUCCUGGUUGUGAUCCAAGCUGGAAAUUUCACAGAAAAAGAACAAAAAACAGUGAAAAUCAUUCAGGACAUGUUUGGGGAAAAAGCAGCACAUUACACCAUGGCCUUGAUCACCCACGGAGAUGAUCUGAAUGAGGAGGAAGCCAAAGAAGCAUUGAUUAGUAACGAUCCAGCGCUACGUGACUUCAUCCAUCAGUGUGGUGGGGGGUACCAUGUUUUUAACAACAAGACGAAGGACCCCUCUCAGGUCAGAGAGCUGCUGAGGAAGAUCAACACCAUGGUUCAGAGAAAUGUAGGAAGAUACUUCACCUAUGAAAUGUUCAGGGAGGCUGAGAGAGACAUAGGAGAAGGAGAAGGAGACCUCAGGAUAGUUCUCCUUGGGAAAACUGGAGAUGGGAACAGUGCAGCAGGAAGUACACCCUUAGAGGGGAAAGUAUCGAAAUCUGCAUCGUUUGCUUCUUCGCUGAUAUCAGAGGCUCAGAAAGUAACAGCUCAGUCUGAUUUUCAAACACUGGCUGUGGUUGUUACUCCAGGUCUGUCUGACAUCUUUAAAACUCACGAGGAGAUGAAGAGAGAGCUCGAGAAGUGCAUCUCCUUUGCUGCUAAUGGUACUUAUGUGCUACUGGUUGUGAUCCAGGCUGGCAUAUUCACAAGAGAGGAGCAAAAAACUGUGAAAGCCAUACAGAAGAUGUUUGGAAGAAGGUCAGCAUAUUUCACUAUAGCCUUGUUCACCUGGAUGGAUGAUCUGCAGGCAGCCGGAGUCACUGUGGACAAACUGAUCAGGGAGAACUCGGUGCUGCGUGAAUUCAUCAGUCAGUGUGGAGGAGGAUAUCAUGUUUUUAAUAACCGAGACAGGGAUCCCCUUCAGGUCAGAGAGCUCCUGAAGAAGAUCAACAUAAUGGCUCACAAAAACAGAGGAAGAUACUUCACCUAUGAGAUGUUCAGACAGGCCGAGAGGGCCGUGAGAGAAGAGGAGCCUGCCAUCAGGAUUGUUACUGGUGAAAGAAACAGAGCUGGGAAGAGUGCCGCAGGAAACACCAUGUUAAAGGGAAAAGUUUUUAAAUCAGCAUCACCUUCACCUUCACCAGAGAAGGAAAAGCCUCCGUUUGAGUUCCAAAGAUUGGCUGUGGUUGAUACUCAGGAUCUGUUUGAAGAUGAGGUGAAGACAGAGAUGUAUAAGUGCAUCUCCUUCGCUGCUCCUGGACCUCACGUGUUCCUGAUGGUGAUCAAGACGGGCAGAUUCACGAGAAAAGAAAAACUAACGGUGAAAGUCUUUCGGAAGAUGUUUGGAGAGCAGGUGUCACGUUACAUGAUGGUCCUGUUCACCUGCGGAGAUGAUCACAAGCCAAAUGGAGUCACGGUAGAAAAAUUUAUUCAUGAUAAUCGAGUUCUCCGUGACUUCAUCUAUCAGUGCGAAGGAAGAUAUCACGUUUAUAACAUCAAAGACGAGCAUCCCUCUCAGGUCAGAGAGCUGCUGGAGAAGAUCAACGCAGUGGUUGAGAGAAAUGAAGACAGCUACUACACCAAUGACAUGUUUGCAAAGGCAGAGAGAGACAUCCAGAGGGAGAUGGAGGAGCUUAAGGAGAAAAGGCCGGAGCUGACGGACAGAGAAGUACGACACACUGCUGAAAGAAGCGAGUUUACUCAGCAAAGCUGGGUGACUACUGGUGCUGGGGUUGCUACUGGACUUGCUGCUGGAGUUGGCACUGGGAUUGGCAUUGAAGUGGCUGUUGGAGCUGGGGUUGGAGCUGUCGGCGGUCCAGUGGGAGCAUUAACAGGAGCUGCAGUGGGAGCUGGAGUGGGUCUCGCUUUGGGAGCUUUAGCUUUAAAGCAUCAAAUGAGGGACUGUGUUACACAGUGAUAAAGGUGCAGCUCAUUGAAGUCACAUGAACAUGAAGACACAGUAACAGUGUGUGUACUGAGUGUGCUGUAGACAAAGACGGAUCACUGCAUACGGGACACACUUUGUUUUCAUGAUGAUGUGCUCAUUAUUUUUUUAUUUAUUUUCAUAUGUUUUGUUUGAGUGUGCAAUCUGUUGAUUAAAUUAUUAGAUUAGAUUCAACAUUAUUAUCAUUGUACACAAUGAACACAGUGAGUGUUCGUGAGGUGUCUGCGGUCAUGCAGCCGUUAUACAGGUGCUACACAGAAACAACUCUACAAUGUUACUACACUUCAGUCUAAAUCUGUCAGAUUGGGUCAAAUGUGUUUUGAAGCCUGCAGACUCACUGAAUGGGAUUCAUCUGUGAGUCUGCAGGCAGGUGACUGAGGAAGGCUUGAACCAUCGGAGGAGGAGCGCUGAUGAAGAAAAGUGAGCUGAACCAGUUUGUAGAGAAGAACAUUCACUGAGCUGUUUGUUGCAGAUCAAAGUGUGACAUCAUGUUU